AUGGCGGUGGGCGGUGCGAAUGUGGGAGGAGGCGAGGGACGCCUGGGGCGUGGGCGGCGGCCUCGACGAGCAGGCCUACGCGAGCGCCGCCAAGGCCCACUCGGACGGCCAGCUGUGGGAGGGCGCGCUGGCCCUGCUGCGGGAGUCGCAGGCGCGCGCGGUGCCGCAGAGCGCCAGCCUCUACAACGAGGUGCCGUGGCGUGCGUGCGGGCGCGGCAGUGGGAGCUGGCCCUCGCCCUCACCGAGGAGCUAGGGCAGCACGGCCUCUCCCCGGACAUGGCGACCGUCGAGAGGCAGAUGCGGGCCUUGGGCGUCGGUGGCCAUUGGAGGGAGGCACUUGGCCUCUUCUCGCAGCUCCGGCGGCAGGGUCGCACCGGCAAGCUGACCUAUAGCACGGCGCUCGGCGUGUGCGAGGAGUCUGGGCGCUGGGAGAGCGCGAUCCGGCUUCUCCACCUCAUGGACAGACAGCAGCUCGCCAUGGACUCCGUGACCUGCCAGCAGGCGGUCGCAGUGUGCCAGAAGGCCGGGCGGUGGGAGCACGCGAUCCAGCUCCUCGGCCUGAUGGACCAGCAAAAGGUGCCCCUGGACGCCGUGACCUGCGGUCGCGUGGUCGCCGCGUGCCAGCAGGCGAGGCAGGCGGGCCCGGCCCUGGACGUGCUCAGGGAGAUGCAGCGGAGGGAGAUCAUUCCCGGGGCGGGCGUGUACGAUAGCGUGAUCGUAGCCCUGGAGCAGACCGCGAGCGAGGACAGGGGGAGCUUUGUUCCCGCCAGCCCAGCACCAGGGCUGCUGUCGGAGAUGAGGGAGAGGCAGCUCAUCCCGUCGCAGGCCGCGUAUCAUGCUGUCAUGAGGACGCACGAGAUGGCUCGCGAGGAAGGCCCAGCGCUGGAGCUGCUGUCAGACAUGCAGACGGUCCGCGUCAGCCGGGACACGCGCACGUACCGCUCCUUGAUGACCGUGUGCGGGAAGGUUGGCAACUGGCGGAGGUCGCUGUCCCUGCUGGACGAGAUGAGGGCGGACGGGCUAUCGCCCAACGGCUUCAUCUACGAUGCAACCAUCACCGCUUGCGCCUGUAAGGCCAAAUGGGAGCACGCGCUGCGGCUGUUCUCUGAAGCACUCUCUCGCGCGUCAGAGUCGAAGGAGGACCCCUAUUGGUUUAGCAGCACCACCAUCCGCGUGGGCUGGAAAGUGGAAGUGGGCGCUGUGGGUGCUGGGAGAGAGGACUCGCGGCGGGUUUCUGCCCAACGCCGUCCACUAUUACUCGGCACUAUUCGCGUGCAGGAAGAGCCACCAGUGGCGGUGGGCCCUAUCCCUGCUAGAGCGCAUGCCGGCGUUGUCUUUCACGCCUGCCCAGCAGGCGCUCGCCAUGAAGCAAACGGGUCACGGGGAAACGGAUGUUGGAGUUUGCUGCCGUUUUCGGGCUCUGGGGGGCCUCCACGGGUCCCAGGACUUUCGGAAAGCGACUCAGGAUGA